AUGGCUAAAUGGGCAAUGGUGUGGAAGGGGUUUGCGGCCAGAAAGCGGGUGAGAAAGGAGCGGGAGGAGGAGAUGAUGUUCAUUCACAUGGUGCCAGCCCCCGCCCCUCCCUACAAGAACACGGCAAAAUAUGCUUCCCUCAAGAACGAGGACAAGAGAAGGACCACCCAGGAGACCAAUGAACAGGAGUACCAGAAUGCGCGUAUCUCUGUGAAGCAGAAGAUACGAGAGGUGGAGGGACCGGACAUGAAGGAAACUCUGCAGGAGAGCAUCCGGGAAUGGUUCAUAGAGACCAGAGACGCCACUGGCAAGUUUCCAGACUUCCCCGAGCCUGAAUAA